AUGGAGCUGCGCCCGGCGCCGCCGGGUACCGGCAUCGUGUUCUGCCGCACCGACCAGCCGGCGGGCUCCCGUCGGACGAUCGAGGCGGUCUACGGGAACGUCGUGGACGCGACUCUCUGCACGGCGAUCGGCAACGGCAGGGUCUCGGUGCGGACGAUCGAGCACCUCAUGGCCGCGUUCGCCGGUUGCGGAAUCGACAAUGCGGUGGUCGAGUUGGACAGCGAGGAGGUUCCCGCGAUGGACGGGAGCGCCGCGCCAUUCGUCUUUCUCAUCGAAUGCGCCGGAGUCGUCGAGCAGUGCGCCCCCCGGCGCAUGAUCGAGGUGCUGAAGCCGGUCAGGUUGGGCGACGAGAAUCGCUAUAUCAGCAUCACCCCGGCAGAGAGGUUCUCCAUUCGCUGCGACAUCGACUUCGACCAUCCCGCUCUCGGGUAUCAGUCGGUCGUCUUCGAUCCGCUCUGCUCCAGCUUCCGCACCGAGAUCGCGCGGGCGCGAACCUUCUGCAGGGAAUCGGAUGUGGAGAGCAUCCUCGCCUCCGGCAUGGGCCGCGGCGGGUCUCUGGAGAACACCGUGGUCAUUGGUGAGGACGGACCUCUCAACGAGGGCGGUCUGCGCUAUGCCGACGAGUGCGCGCGGCACAAGGCGCUCGACUGCUUCGGCGACCUCUACCUCGCCGGUGCGCCGAUAAUCGGUCACGUCCGCUGUCUGCGCUCCGGCCACGGCAUGAACCACGCGCUCCUCUCCGCCCUGUUGGAGGAUCCCGAUGCGUGGCGGUUCACUGGAGUGGAACACGAUACGGUCUUUGGAGAGCCGGACCGCGAACCGGUUGCCGCCAUCGCGUAA